AUGGCAUUCAAACCGGAAAGCAUCGCUCCAAGACAGCUUGAGUCUUCGUCUGAAGAAGAGAGUCAGUCUAAAGAGAACCUGGAGUCCUGGUCUAAAGCAAAUAAUCCAAGUCAUCCUCAUAACUGGCCAAGACAUAAGAGAUGGGCACAUGUUAUUGUCAUUUCAAUAUUGGCUCUCAUAACGAACAUGGCUCCUACAAUGUGUGCACCAGGCAUAAGCGAAAUUGCUACCGACCUUAACAUGACGUCUUCUGUUGUCAGCACUCUCGCUAUCACUCUGUAUGUGCUAGGUGUCGCCAUUGGGCCGAUGCACAUGGCCCCCCUCAGUGAAAAGUAUGGGCGUCGGCCAAUCUAUCACACUGCCAAUACCAUCUUCGUUGCGUUUAUUAUUGGUAAUGCACUAAGCCAGACUCCUGCUCAAUUCAUGGUCUUCCAGUUCAUCUCUGGAUGUGCAGGUGGCACACCCAUGGCUCUUGGCGGAGGAACUAUAGCGGAUAUCACCACCAUUAAGCAACGAGCGACGGCAAUGUCAUUAUUCAGUAUCGGACCACUUGCAGGGCCAAUGAGCUUAGUCCUCGGCCCUGUUAUUGGAGGCUUCCUCGCAGUAGGCAAAGGCUGGCGGUGGAAGUUUUGGCUACUCGCUAUUCUCGGGGGAUUCUUUGGAAUAGCAACAGCCAUCAUCAUGCGAGAAACACACCCAGAAAUCCUUCGCCAACGCAGGUUUGCCCACCUCCACGCCUCUACCGACAGUUUCAAUAUACAAACCAAACCUCCUGCAACUCUUUCGCCAACUCAGGUCCUACUUCAAGUCCUUGUCCACCCUAUAUUGCUACUCGUCAAAUCACCCAUUCUGCUUGUCAUCUCCCUCUACGUCACUCUGGUGUUUGGGAUUAUGUAUCUCUUGUUUACUACUUUCACUGAUGUCUUCGAGGGCCAGUACGGAUUCAGCAUAUCUAUCUCUGGACUAGUAUACCUAGGGUUAGGAGUGGCGCGUCGCAAGCAUGUUCCUCUUCAACAUUGUGAAUGGCCGGGUCCAAGGUGCACCCCUUGCGUGGCUCUAGGGUUGUUCAUCUAUGGCUGGACAGCAUACUACAGGGUGCACUGGAUUGUACCUAUCAUUGGCACAGUGUUGAUAGGUUUUGGCGCAUUUUUUGUUAUCAUGCCUGCGCAACUUUACCUCAUCGACGUCUUUGGCUCCGAGGCUGCGGCAUCCGCUCUCGGUGCAAAUAACUUCUUACGGUUCAUUUCAAGUACGUUUCUGCCACUAGCCGGGCCUAAAAUGUACCAAACCCUCAACCAUGGUUGGGGAAACACGUUAUUGGGAUUCCUCGCUCUUGCUUUUGUUCCCGGACCACUCCUUUUCUACAAGUAUGGAGAAAAGCUUCGUACCAGAGAACGCAGCCCAGCACCAAUGUGA